GCCAAGAUGGCGGACGGCAUGGAGGUUGAUGUCGCUUCUGUUCUGUCGGCGGCAGAAAAAGAUGCAGAAGGGAAAUUUAAAUCUGUUGAUGUGACGAAAGACAUAGAUCCAGAAUUAGAUGUUGGAAAUCUGUCGGCCAUCGAUCUUCAACCUAUUGAUUUACGUGAGUUGAGGUGAGUUUAAACACAUGUAUUGUAAGUGGUACACGUGCAAGGUAAGCAUUUACAAAUGAUUGUUGUUUAGACUGGCAAAGAAAAAAUAUUAUAACUUUAAAUGAGCAACAUUUACUUCAGAAUACAGAGCCAAAUUUUAAGGUCUUAAACAGAAGUGACUUGGUGGCUCGCUUGUCAUAAAGUCUAAGAGUGUUUUGAUAUUUACAGUAUGUGGUCCUUGGAACUCUAAAUUCGAGAUUUCUUAAUUUAAGAAAAAAAAUUAAAACAAAUCAUAUAAGAGUUUGUUCUUGUAAAUUGAAACUUCCUGUUUAAAUUACGAGAAAAAGAGUUCUUAUUCUAUGAUUUGUUUUGAAUAUCUUUUCGUAACAUGUAUAGGGUCAUAGGUCUUUGGACCAAAGGACCACUAGGUCAUGGACCAAAACUACUCGAAAUUUGGUGAAAGUUUUGAUUUGAUGAUAGUUUUUCAAUGUGCUUCCAACGGCAGAAAAAGUUGAAAACCUGUUUGGCAAAAAACAAAACAUUUGAAGUCUGCAGAAAGAAAGGCAAAUUAACCUACCUGUCAACAGACUUUAAUUUCACGCCUCUACCCACACCAGGAAAGCCAAAACUUCGUCAUACAAUAGAAUAAUAAACAAUAAAUCAUGCCUUUGAUUUUUCUUUGUAUUCUAUUUCUCGAUGAAAUGUUUAAUCAUGUUCUGAAAAGUCACGGACCAAGGACCUCGCGGGCCAAGAACCAUGUAAUUUAUUGUAUUUAGAUGUAGAUCAAGAUGUCCAGUACAAAGAACAUUCAAUUUAUUCUCCUUUCGUUGUCGCUCAAAGAAAUCUAUCAUCCUUGUUUAUACUUUACUGUAUGUUGUAACUGGCCUUUAUUCAUGGAAACCUUUUUUUCCUUGUCUCUUUUUUAGGAAGAACAAGGAAGAUUUCCUGAGGAAUCUUGCCAGAGAUAAUGCGCAGUUACUGUUUAAUGCCAUUUGGAAAGUAAGACUGAUAUUAUUGAUAAUUUUGUAAUAUACACAUGUAGAGUUUUUUGGUUUCUGUAUUUUCUUUGGUUGUCAGCUCAAUGCUUCUUAUACUUAAUUGUAUAAUUAUUUAUUUUUGUUGAAGAACUUCAUCAGGCUAGAAAUACCAAAAAACUUAGAUUUCUUGAACAUAAUUUACCAAAAUUAGUUCUGAUGUUAGUAAGAAUGAUACAUGUAGCUGCCGUCUUUCUCAGUAUUAAUGACUUGUUUAUAUUUCAGCUGCCUAAUGAGAGAUCAGAUGGACUUGUUCUUGCCAAGGUGAAUUGUCCUGUAUAUAGUUAUGAACUAAAAGUAACCUUUCACACAGACAAUCACUCUUAGGGCUUGCCAUGAUGACAUUUUCUUACGAGGAAUGGGUGAAUACAUAUAAGUCCUAUAAGAAUGUCUGCAUAGGACCUGUUACUAUUAAGGAAAAUUGGCAACCAAAAUAAGUUAAUUUCAUCGCCCUGUUUUCCUUCCACAGGUAUAGCUAAUGGCCAACCUCAAUCAACAUAAACAUAAACCUAAGUUAUGUAUUUAACAUGGUCAAAUGCGUGUAGCUUAAAAGCUACUUUACAGGCAUGCCAUGAAAAAUAAAAAUAAAACAAAUAGAAAAAAAAAGAUGUGUAUUACCUAUAUAAAAAUGUAUAUUUAUAAUAUUUAAGAAUUUUUGAAUUAAGCUGAGUAUCAUCUGAAGAAUUAUUGAGAUCGAGGAGGGUGUUAUCUGAUGAGGCCUACAUGUAUGGCCUCGUCAGAUAACAACCUCCCAGUAUGAUAAUUCCUCGUUAAAAGCAAGCUAAAAAUAUUCUUACAGCUGUACCUCCAUAAGUUCAUCUUUGACAGUGCAUGUUUAUCAGCAAGUUUAGGAGAGACAUGUGAAGGGUUUUUUCGGGUCUGCAAAUAUUCUCCAAAUAGCAGAUGUCGUCUUUUGAGUUGUCUUCUUGCUCUUCUUGCUAUGUUUUUAGCCAAUAGUUCCCCUGUUUAUUCCUCGUGAAACGAGUGAAAAUUUAUGUUCUGCCAUUUUGUAUUCACCACCAAAACAAGUCAACCUUGUCCCAGGUCUUCUCGGUUAAUCAUUCAAUAAUCUGGCAAUUUUGCUACUUGAUUGAUGUCAGAUGAUAAGAAAGACGAAUUCAGUAAUUGUUUUAUUAUUCAUUCAAAUAAAACCUAGUUUAAAAACAAGCUACAGUAAAACAUGCUUACCUCCAUCAAUGUUAAGUUCAUCUUCAAUUGCCUGCUUAUCGGCAAGUUUAGGAAAGAAAGGGUUGUUCAGGACUGCAAAAUAGUAUUCUUCAAAUAGCAGAUGUUGUCCGUCGAUUUGUCUCCUUGCUGUUCUUGCUAUUUUUCUAGCCAAAAGUUUCCUCAUCGACUACCAAAGCAGUUUCUCAACCUCCUGCCCAGGUCUUUCUGGUUAACUGUUCAGUUUUCUGGCAAUUAUGCUGCCCAAUAGACAUCAUUUUCACAUAUUGCAAAAUUCUUCCAAAUUUGGUCAACAGUUGCUGAUUAUGAUGAAUUAUGUGUGUGAUAUUAGCCAAUCAGAAAUGGAGAAAUAAUCAUUUUGAAUGAAUAAUAAUUAUUAUUUUUAAGGAGAAGUGGAUAAAUGAUUGUCCUUAAUUAUUGAAUGAUUGAAAUGAUUCUUAUUUUGUGUCUUUAAUGUUUCUCUCCAGUUGCCUGAACCUAGCACUGUUAUUCCGAGAGAGAAACCGGUAGGUGCAUCCACACAGUAUCAGGCCUGGUAAUUAGGGCUCUAACUUGACAGCUUUGCUAACAAAGAUUUUUUUAUUUUUUGCGAUUAAGUUUUACUAGUAAUGAAUACAUGUAUUUUAUAAUUGUUGGUAGUAUUAAACAUUGAAAAUCACAAUGUGGAAAAAUGCAAACACGAAUCUGUCACUUUCACCAUGUAAACAUUCGCUUAAAAUGCCACAAAUUUGCAUAAUUUUGAAAUGAAUGGCAUUUUUAAAAUGUCAUCUUAUGGUAAUUUCACUGCAACCUUUGCUUGCUUUUAAAAUCUUGGCAAGAAAUUACUAUAGUCCCAGAACCAUAUCUAUGAAAGUUUAAACUUUGCCUGUGCUUGGUUGCUAAACCAAUCUUACAUGUAUGUGCUAUUAAAAGCACUUAUACAUGUAGCAUGUAACCAACAGUGACAAAAAGUGCUCCUGCAGAUCAGAAGUCGCUACCCAACGUGACUGUCUUGAAGAAUGAUUUUGUUUUGCAAGCACGUGGUUUUUGUACAGACUAUUCAUUGCCAGUAAGCUCAUGUCCUCUCAGAGAACUAGUUUUUUAUCUUGAGUGAAGGGUAACAAGGGAUCAAACUAGCACGCCAAGUAUGCCAAAAUACAGCAAGCAAAAUAAAUUAGGCUCUUCUGGCAGUACAUGCAGUGCUCCUGAAAAAGCAAAGGAGUGCCUUUGCCUGCCAAAAAUUUAUGUGAAGAAAUCCUCUCUGCUUACCCAAUAGAACACAAACAUUAAUACACAUUUACCUUUAGGUUCUACUCAAUACCGAUGGCCUUCAUUACUUUUUAGCUACAUUGUCUGAUACUAUUUACUCCGAAAUAUCUGCUUGUCAUUAACCAUUAUUUGCACCUUUGUAAUGCAGAUUCCUAAACCAAAGUUGCCAACAAAAUGGGAGGAGUAUGCCAAACAAAAGGUACAAAAACUCAAGUUCUAAUCCACCUGUUAUUGUAUUAUGUAGUGGUUUAAUUUUAUCCAUGGUUUAAAUGUUAUUUUUCUUUGUUUAAGGGAAUGGCAUAUUGGUUUGAAACAAUGAAAAUAACAUUAAACCAGGGAUAAAAUUGAACCACAGCAGAUAUACACAGUGACUAUUGUUUUUGGUUAUUGAGUAAACUUGCAGACACUUACAAUUUUUUUCUCGGUGAAGGUGAAAAUCUUUCUUACACUUUAAUCUACAGUGUACUGUAACAAUUUCGUGACAUCUUCAGAAAAUAAUCGGUGGUUAGGAGAGUUUUAAAAUGGCUAUUAUUUUUUAUAUUUCUGUUUGCUCCACAGGGUAUCAAAAGAAGGAAACGAGAAAGAAUGGUUUUUGAUAAAAAUACUCAGGUUUGUACAAUUACUUGCUUGUACAAUCAUGUAGAUUAUAACUUGUUAAGAGUAUGAUAUCGCUAUAAUUUAUUCCUGGGGUUCUAUUAUCAUAUUUUAUGUAUGAAAUAGCUAAUCUUUAAGCCAUUGUGAAAUAUUGUAAUUAAAAAAUGAGUUUUUAGUCCAAAAUUGAUCCUUAGAAAUAAAUGUUAAUUUUGUUGCUGUCUGUGACUCAUCUAAAAGACAAGUUCCCUAUUUAAGUAUGAGAUUUUUUUUCCCUUAGAGUACAAGAAUGCAGCUUGACAAUUUUUAAGUACAUUUUACAUGUGGGUGUAUUGUGUCUCAAUUUGCUUUGGUUAUAUCUUGAUUAGGAGUGGAAGCCUCGUUAUGGGUACAAGAGAGGAAAUGAUAACUCUCAGGAUUGGCUUUUGGAAGUUCCUCAAAAUUCAGGUACAGUGCCUCUUGUUUACUUUUGCUCAGUAGACAUUGCUUUAAUAGUUUUCUUGUGGCCCUUGCCAGUUACAAUGUGGAUGUUACAUGUACCUCUCUUUGUGACAAUAAAGUGACAGGGACACUCUACUGCUGUGUUGAUGACACCAUUCUUCAUGUAUUUCAGGUGCACUCGCACCAGUUUGAUGAGUCUGUCCCAUUCCUGUCUAUUAGCCAUUAAAGAUGAAAGUUCCUGCCUUGUAAGACUGUUGUUACUCUCUUCGUGUAGCUGGGCAAUGAAGAUUGUUGCUGGACACUCCCUUGAGCAUCUUCCUUGUUUUGGUUCCCAAAGAAGUACAGUAAUUGGUUUAGAAACUGUCUCAUUCUUGCUUCUUCAACAAUUGCCACUAAAUCGCAGGCAGCAUAUCUAGGGACUUGCCCAUGAAGAGCUCUUUGUUAGAUAUAUAUGACAUGUGCUUUUUCCAGCAGCACAUAUAUAAGCCUUCCGCAGCAGCCAGCAAGUUGUUUUCCAAUGCAGUGGUCAAUGUCCAACUCUCCAACCCAUACAAUACAUGUAGCACACACCACAAAGAUGAUUAUCUUUGUUAUUUUUGUCUAGAUCCCUAUGAGGACCAGUUUGAGAAAAAAAUUCAAGCAAAGAAAGAGAGAAUUUCUAAAAACGAAUAUCAGAGAUUAAGAAACAUAGCAAAAAAUAAGAAGAUUCCAGGUGAGGAGGUUACAUAAUCAUUUAUGUUGUCAAAAUCUUGUAGCACUAUGGUCAUCACCUACACUGUACAUGUAUAGUCUUAUUGUAUUCUUGCAGUUUUGAUGAUUCCUCUGGCUGCUGUCACAUCAUGUGAAAACGCUCUAUAGGCCAUUUUACAAUGACGCUAGAGUUGACCUUGUUUUGAUACAACCCUCACUGCUUUCUUAUGUAAAUGACAAUCAUGAUGUUCUUUGCUAACUAGUAUUUUUCAAGCAUAAUAAAAUAUUUAUAUUAGAAAACAAAGGAGGUUCAUAUCAAAACAAGGUCAACCUCAGCCUCACAUUUAGUCGAAGGUUUAGGGUACUAAACCCACAACUGUAAAAUGGUCCAUUAUUCAUUCAACAGCUACACAGUACUUUUACAAAUAUAUAAUUAGUAUGAAUAACACGUGCUAAUGGUGUUAGUAUAGGUAAUAGCAUGAUUUGUAGUGAUAUUUGGCAUAAAUACCACGAGUGAUAUUUCGAAAUUGUUAUACGUAAUUUCACGAGCCGUUAGGCCAGUGAAAUUUGAGACAAUUUUGAAAUAAUUAUGACGAGUGGUAUUUAUGCCAAAUAUCACGUACAAAUCAUGCUAUUAUUUGUUUCUACUACUACCUACAAAAGGUUUGUAAUUUUCACAUGUAGGUAUUUCAAAUUAAGCUGAAAUACCACUGCUCUAAGCCAAUCAAAUUGCAGAAAUUUCUCAUGUAGUAGAAUUAAGGAUGUUAUACCUGGCAUAAAUACCAUGAGUGAUAUUUCAAAAUUGUCUCAAAUUUCACUCGCCUAACAGCUCGUGAAAUUAUGCAUAACAAUUUUGAGAUAUCACUUGUGGAAUUUAUGCCAAAUAUCAUUACUAAUCAUGCUAUUACCUAUACAAAAACUUGCUUUGUUCUCUUUUUUUUUCAGUUCCUAAUAAAAACCUGGAGCCAUCAUCUGGACGACAAAGCAAGGACCAGGUAUAGACAGGCUUUGCUGGCUUUGUGGGAAUGUAAUAAAAUUUUGUGCUUUUUAAUAUUAAUUUUUUGUUGUAAAAUUAAUUCAACUUAGAAGUUUUAGCCUGAGACAAAUAAACGUAGAUGGUUUGUAGCUGUUUUCUGUUGGGAAGUGCACAUGAUCUUGUGGUUUGUUCAAAUUGACCCCCGUUUUAGUUUUGGUGUAGAUAAUAACUCCUCUUAAAAUUAUUCUUCAUAGGUGACUGCCAAGUUGAAUAUCAGCAGACUGUCAACUGCAUCUCUCGGAAAAUUUACUGAAAAGCUGGUAAGAAUUUUGAACUGUUUCAACAAGACAUUUGAGACUGUUGCAGGUGUUUAAAUGGUGGAGAAUGGUUGUACACGUGUUGUUCCUGACCACUACAUGUAUUUCAGUGUUUCCUUUCUUCUCUUCUUCAUGCAGUCCCUAGUAGAUGGACACGUACCAAAACACUUGAAUCAGUCUACAACCUUUUGUAUCUGUUUUCUAAAAAGAAUUAUAGAACUCAUUUACAGAUGUACAAGUGUAGUUCUCAGAUCUAUGUAUGAUCACGCUAGUAAUUCUCUAGUGAAAUAGCAAAUUUUGAUGCAGUCAAGACUGAUUGAGUGUAGUGUAGAGCACUAAAAAGACAAACGAGCUCUAUAAAAGGUGCGGUAAAGAAGAAAACUGAAGUGUACAUUUCCGUACUUGAUUGUUGUGUGUUUUGACUUCAGCCAAAAGAAAAGAUACAAAGGAAAACUGGCAAGAAGCGAAAGGUAGGGUGGAUUAAUUAUGCAGAGCGUAGCAGUUUUUGUCUCAUUAACUAUAAAUUGGUAUGUUUUCCAGAACCUUGAAUGUUAUUUGACUCAUGGGUUCACAAAGUAUACUGUACUCGGACUACCCACCUUCGAACCUGUCUUGUAACAAAAAAGCGUGCAAAGUUUUUUUUUUCGUGUUUAGUAAAACUGGCAACAUCGCUAUUCAACUAGUUUUGCAGCAAUGUUGCAAAACAAGUUGUACGUUUUUUGUUGCUCGUUUUACCAUCGGAAUCCACUCUUGUCCCCAGUCUCUCUGAAAGCUACUAAAACUGAGGUCUUUUUCUAUACUUGAGAAAUCCCCGAGGUCUGAUUUGAAACUAGUAUUUGCCUUUUCUUGGCAUCUGUUCAGGUAUUUUCUGCUUAUUUUUGAUAAUUCAUUGUAGUUUGAACCAGUUGUGGGUGACAUGUCGAGUGAACGAAGCCGAAGUAUGGAGUUGGCUGAGAAAAUUGCCAGGAAAGAACCUUUAGACAUUAAUAAGGUACUUUAAUACCGUAUCCAUGUGUUGUUAUCUUUUUGCGACCUUAAAAACGAGGAGGAAACUGAACCGAGUACUUGUACGCGUUCGCAAAGACUUGUGGGAUCGUGUUAAGCUACAUAUGCCAAUCCUAAUAACAGUCCCAGAAGUCUUUGCGAAAGUUCACCCGGCCCAGUUCUAAAGUGGUGACAAAUAAGUGUACUUACAUGUAAAUCGUGCGUGCUUACUCUUUUGGGUACUAAUUGUGUGCCGGUUUUCUGACUUUAUGUUAAGUUCAUUCACUGACAUUUUAUGUCUUUUUCAGGCCGUAAGUCAGCACAUCACGGAAACACAGAAAAGGUAAUUGUUUCAAGUCACUACAGCUUUAUAAAUUCUGAUUUUUUUUCUCGAGCUUUUAGCCUAGUUGAGAAACGGCUUGGGCGGGCGUGAGUUUUCCGUCGCUUCUAACGCUGCGCGCUCCACCUGAAAGAACGUGUGGGUAUUAAAAAUUUACGUUUUUAGGAACACUUUCAGUCUUAGAUGACUUGUCACUCUCACUUGAAAAUCUGUUGACGAAAUCCUAUGGUGCCACUAGUCAAAUGAAACCUCUGGCAGAACUUUUGCAUGGUGAAGCUACAGUGGAAACUCUCGUAAGCGUACACCCUCAGGACGCAACGCGAGAAAAAUGUCCGUUACUGGAGCUGGCUAUAAAUAAAACUGUUUGUUAGUGUUCCGUUGUGCUGUUGUUCUGACAAUGUUGUAAUUCAGUCACAAGCAUAAAUUUAAUAAAAUACAAGAUUCAGAGGCGAACCACAUUUCAUUUCAGGUUUUCGCUCACUCGUAAAAACCCUGAAAUUAUCCGCGGCCGCCUACGGGAAUUGUCCGCUCACGGGAAUGUAAAAAUACACACGGUUUGUAUGGGAGUUUAAACGGAGUUUCGUGAAGGCGGUCAUCAGUAGCGCUGUCCGCUUACGAGAGUGCCCAGUAAGAUAGCUUCCACUGUAAAUUCUUUGGAUUCUACAGAAAGAAGUUUGGAUUUUUAUUUUUUUAUUUUUUUACAUUGGCCACUGUUAGGAAUGAAAGAGUACAUUCAAGGCAAGGGGAAAGGGAUAAAAGUUUCUCUGAAUGAAUUGAUUUACUCAUCCUAUGUCUGUAUAGUCUGCGAGCAAGCUCUCUAUUUUGAAUGCAGUGGCGAGCAAGAGGCGCUUUCGUGUGCCCCUCGCGUGUGACUUUUCACGGUAAUUAUCCUGCAGCUGAGGAGCUCAUUCAGUGACUUACUCACUGACGCCGGCUAGAGGGCGUGGUGCGGACCGCCAUAGCCUAAAACGAGCGCUUUACACUAAGGAGACUUGUGUAAUGCUACCUUUUGUUCAGAUUUUCUUCUCUAUUUUUAUUUAUUAUUUUUUUUAUUUUUAUGCUCAUAUUAUUGCUUUUCAAACAUUUUCAGAUCGAGUGGAUCCAAAAAGAAAGGAAGUAUUAAAGGGAAAAAAGGAAAAGGAAAAAUAGGCGGAAAUACGAUAAACAAGACUGGAAAAACAGGAAGAAAAUCAGGAAAGAAGAAGACGAAGACCUAA